AUGGCUUUUCUACUGCUGGUAUCUAUCCCUUUGCGUCGAGCCAUUUCUCGCGGUGCUGGAGAUGAGCGGGGCGCCAAGAUGGCCAUCGCUGCAACCACCCGACUUCCAAGUAAUCUGAGUCUGGAAAUAACGCAUUCGUCGAUGCCGCUACAGACUCGUGAAAUGCACAGUGAAACGGUUUCCCUUGUCGGGCCCUGCUAA